AUGGCGAGCCCUGCCCCGUCACUGGCACCCACCAUCUUCGACGCCGACAUCGAGACGCAGGCGAGUAGCUCUUCGCGCAGCUCCAAGACGCGCGUCGCAAAGAGCGGGAGUAUCAGUAGUGGCGGGCGGGCGCUGACCGAGGAUGCUGUGGACGAGAAGCCGGCGCGCCGCGUUGAGGUCGGCAGCUGCAAGUUCUCGAGCUUCCUCGCCACGCCCCUCGUCGGCGUGACAGUGGGCGCGCACGAGCCCGACACGCGCACUUUCUACGUGCACGUCGGGCUGCUGUGCCUCGAGUCUGAGAAAUUCGUCAAGCAGCUGCGAAGCGGAGGGUUCAGGGACCCGCUAUCCCCGCUCGAUAUCAAUAGCAAUAGCAACAACAGCAGCAACAGCAAUGCCGCUAACAACGCCGGCACCAGUGCCAGCAGUAUCAACUACACCGCUAGCAACAGCAGCAGCGCUAGCACCAGCACUGCCAAUAAUAGCAACGCCACCACCACCACCACCACCACCAACGGCAGCAGCGGCAUCCUCUACUGCGACGAAGACGCCUCGCUCUUCGGCUACUUCUUCGAGUACCUAUACCGAGACGGGUGGGUGCUGAAGCACGGCGUGCAGCACGACAGCGACUACGUGACACUGGCACGGCUGUAUUCACUCGGCGAGCGCCUCGACGCAAAGCUCUUCCAGCGGGCGGUGCUGUGGAAGUUCGCGUCGCACUUCGACGCCACGACGGCCAUGUACGACCAGGCCAUCUGCGACCUGCUGCAGAUUGUGUGCGCGGAGCUGCCCGAGCGCGCAGAGGAAGACGCCUUCCGCGCCCUCGUCUUCUGGUAUGCCGCGGCGAACCUUACUCGCUUGCAGCGCUAUGGCCGCUUCUCGAGACUCUUGAUGGAGAUCCCGGAUUUGGGUCGCUAUUUGUGCUUGAGGGCUGGUGAUGGUGGCAGAGAUAACCGCCCGGCUGUUGUGGUUGAGAGACCGGCGGAGAGAUUCGAGUCGGAGGGCGUGCUGGUGUGAGGAUUUUUUGGUUGUGUUUGUUGCUUGGAUUUGUGGUUUGCUUGGCUGCUUGCGAGAGUGCUUUUUCCUGGCGGCGGUGGGAAGGCGUCAUGUAUGUAGAGUUGAGCUUUCGGAUCUUCUGGACGUAGGGGUAUAAAGGCGAACUCGAAGACCAACAGUGCGGCGUUUCUGAUGCGUGAAGAAGAGUACUGAGGCUUGGUAGGUACGGGAAGCAUCCGAGCACUCUGAACUUUAGAAUCGGCUUCGUGGUCGGCUCAGAUUGUACGUACUGAACUGUCG